AUGGAGUCGUAUUCAUGUGCUAAAAUAUAUUCUUCUAAUUCCUUCUCUUCUAGUUCUUCAAGUGCUUCUAUCGCUGGUCAUAAUCAACAUAAAGAAAAGAAAGAAAAGCCAUAUCUUUCUACUCUCCAUAAAGUUCGUAGCCUUCCAUCAAAAUCAAUCAACAAGAAGCCUAUAGCUCCAUUGCCACCAAUUCCCCCAAAAAUCUAUACGGUCGAAGUUGUUAAUUUCAGACAAGUUGUCCAUUUGCUAACCGCAGCACCUGAGUUUCAAUCCCACUACAAUUCCACAUCUGGCUUCGGGCAUUUACAAGAGGUGGCUCCUCCUCCUCAUAGUGAUCUUUCACCAACCUCAUUAUCAAGUAACAACACUAAUAUUGGUGGACAAUGGAGAGAGUUUCUUCCUCCUUCCUCCGCAGUGGUGAUAUCAAUCGACGAUGAUUCUGAUGAAUCAGUUACUGAAGCAGAAGAGAAAGAUGUCGAACACCAAAUUCCGACGGACAGUACUAUUUUUGGAGCAUGCGAUACAAGUCCUCAUGGCUUCCCUCAAUUGCCUUCUUAUUUUGCAUGGUGUUCCUCCCUUCUUUUGAGCCCCGACGCACUCACUUCUUUGGAUUCAAGCACAGUUCUCUAA